CUCCUCCUCCUCCUCCUCCUCUUCCUCCUCCGGUACUCCUCGCAGCAUCAUGCGCGUGCGCGCGGCGGCCGUGUAGAAGGAUGAUUUCUGUGGUGUCGACAGUGGAGAGCGUCCCCAGAGGUUCCGGCAGCCCGGCUCCGAGCCUGCAGCAGCGGAUCAGGAGGCUCUUCUCCAGGGACCUGCUGGUGACCCUGGCCCUGGGCCAGGUCCUGUCCCUGCUGAUCUGUGCCAUCGGUCUGACCAGCAAGUACCUGGCUCAUGACUUCCACGCCAACACGCCGCUGUUCCAGAGCUUCCUCAACUACAUCCUGCUGUUCCUGGUCUACACCACCACGCUGGCAGUCCGGCAAGGUGAGGGGAACCUCCUGGCCAUCCUGAAGCAGCGCUGGUGGAAGUACCUGAUCCUGGGCCUGGUGGACAUUGAGGGGAACUACCUGGUGCUGAAGUCCUUCCAGUUCACCACGCUGUCCAGCGUGCAGCUGCUGGACUGCUUCGUCCUCCCCGUGGUCCUGCUGCUGUCCUGGUUCUUCCUGCUGGUCAGAUUCAAGGCGGUCCACUGCGUGGGAGCAGGACUGUGUCUGCUGGGCGUCGGCGUCAUGGUGGGAGCCGACGUCCUGCUGGGCCGCCAGGGCCUCGGAGAGCAGCAGCUGACGGGGAACCUCCUGGUUCUGGGCGGAGCCACGCUCUACGGGAUCUCCAACGUCUGCCAGGAGUUCAUCGUGAAGAACCUGAGCCGCGUGGAGUUCCUGGGCAUGAUGGGACUCUUCGGGUCCUUCUUCAGCGGCAUCCAGCUGGCCAUCAUGGAGCACAAGGAGCUGCUGAAGGUCUCCUGGGACUGGCAGAUAGGCCUCCUCUACGUCGGCUUCAGCGCCUUCAUGUUCGGCCUGUACAGCUUCAUGCCGGUGGUGAUGAAACGGACGAGCGCCGCCUCCGUCAACCUGUCCCUGCUGACCUCUGACCUCUACACCCUGUUCUGCGGCCUGUUCCUGUUCCACUACAGGUUCUCCAGCCUCUACCUGGUCUCUCUCCUGGUCAUCCUUCUGGGCCUGCUGCUCUACUCCUCCUCCUCCACCUACGUGGUCCAGGACCCCCGGGUCUACAAGCAGUUCAGGAACGCCGGCGGUCCGGCGGCGGCCGGCGGCCCGGCGCCGCCGGGCCCGGCGGUCCUGGAGCCGUCCGUGACCUACAGCAGCCUGAGCACCGAGCCGGGGGACGAGCCCCCCGUCCGGGUGGCCUAGGACCCGGGAGC